AUGUCAAGGUUUGAGGGGUCGAUCGAGAGCGACUCAAGCGCAAGAGAGACACACGCGGAGGGAUCUGCCGGUAACAAGCGGCGUUGGGAUAGCUCAGAGGAGCGUAGCUCAACGGAGCAUCAAGUCGACCUCGCUAAAGAGCAGCGCGACGGGGAGAAGGCGAUGCGUGGCUACGAAGCGUUUACUCGAUCCUCUAUCGCCGCGCAAAAUGCGCUGAAGACACUACAGAUGAUGAAGGACGCUGGUGCCAAUGUGGUGGGGAAGGCGGCUCUCUUCAGGUGUCUGGAGGCUCCGAGGUUUGCGAACUUUCAUGUUUUGGCGAAGGAGGCUGUGAAACAAGCACUCGAGCCUGGAUUCGCGCUACCGAACGUACAGCUGAACGACAACGAAACGCAGGACGGAAUUGUAAUGGUGGUGUACCCGAAGAUGGUGCCAAGCACCUACGCGACCAUUCGAGUGCUUCGAGACUUGCUCAAGUGCCGACUUCCGAUCGAGAUCUGGUUCCGCCCCGACGAGAUGCGGAAGGUGACAGCGGCGAUCGACCCGCUUCAUCAACUGGCAGCAAGCGAUUCGAUAGGCGGCAUCUCGUUCCGAGAGAUCAAUGAUCCUCUCGCUGUCGAGUUUGCGACGAAAGUGUUUGCCAUCUACCACAGCGCCUUCGAUCGCGUGCUGUUCCUGGACUCGGACAACGUUCCGGUGCGAGACCCCAGUUUCCUGUUCCAGACGCCAGAGUUCCUGGACACCGGCGCCAUCUUCUGGCCUGACUUUUGGCAUCCGCAGCACACCAUGUUCUACCUUGGAGAAGACUCGCUGCUUGGCCAGCUACUCAUCGAUCGUCGGCGUCACGCUGCUGCGAUCGAAUUGCUCCGCUUCUUCGCCUUCCACCGACCGAAUCCGUUCGUCCAGCUCAAACUCGUGUGGGGCGACAAGGAUUUGUUCCGCUUAGCGUGGCUGAAGCUGGGUGCCUCCUUCCACAUGAUCCAGCGUCCUCCAGCUGUAGCAGGUAAAGUUGUCAACCGGUCAUUUUGCGGGAUGACGAUGGUCCAACACGACGCGGAAGGCGCGGUGCUGUUCCUGCACCGAAACUCGCACAAGCUGACCGGAGGCAGAAUCAAGAACCCAGCCGACGAGAAGCUCAAGGCCAUGAGACGAGAAACUCCUGCAGUUGACCAAGACAGGAGCGCAUCCAGCUCCGAGGAGUACCCCGACGCAGCGAUUUGGACGCAUCUUUUGUCCUUCCGGAGCUCCUCACCGCGCUCCGAGUACCAGAUCCAGAGCUACCACGUCGAGCCCGAGUUCCCGAGGGACCGGAUCUGCUACGGCCAGCGCUAUCUGGACGCCAACGAGAACUUCUACGCGCAAGAGUUCGCUGACUUGAGUUUCUCGGGGCUGGAGACGGAGCUGCGGCGGUUUGCGAUGGAGGCGGGUCAGCUCCACCAGACCAAAGUGGACGCGGUCGCGACGGAGAAGCACCUUCAGAAGCGCGGGCAAUUCCGACUGCAAGCUGUUGGCGACUGA